UUUAAUGUUUUAACUAGGCCAGUUGAAAAAAAAUCCUUAGCGUUUAGCCUUGUAAGUAUGAAAUUUCAUUAAUAAUGGUGUUAAAAAGCUCUUUAAAAUGUUGCAUUUUACUUGAUGAAACCUGUAGAAACCCUGGAUAUAAUAUUUGUUUCAUUUUUAAAAUAAAAAUUUGUUAAUUAAAAAAGCCACACACAAUUGUGCAUCAUGGUCUAACAUGCAGUAGGCUAUAACAGCACUAAGUACAAAAAAAAAAAAGAAAAAGAAAAGAAAAACUACCAACAAAAUUAGGUUUUAUAUGGAUUCUGGCAAAACCAAGCUGGUCAUUUAUGGUCAUUGCCUGGCCCAAGCUGAUAUAAAUGAUGGAUCAGCUGGACAACCAGCUGGCAGGGCAGAGAUCAACCUUGUAGACCUUGAUCAAGCUGGAUAGGGUUAGUAAACAACCUCUGAACAUAAACCAGCAACUGUGUUCCAAAAGCCGACUUAAGCUAAUAUAACACGGGUUUCCCAGCCUGAAAUCCUCUCCCAAACAUUUAUUUACUAAUUAUAUUAUAUAAUGUAUGUUAAUGUUGAAAUCAAAACCUAAUUUUAAUAGAUGAUCUUUAGUAGCUGCUUUACCCCGCAAAAAAUAAAACGUCCCACGUCUUUUUCUUACGAGGUGUGACGAACGAGCCUGCAAACGACAGAACGACGCUGGAGUGCGAAAUGACGCGCAGUGACGUCAUGACGCAAAACACGCGGCGCUUUCAGGAAGAGUAAAUAGCCUGCGUCCAUGAGUGUGCUCUUGCUGGAGGCGUUCUAUGGCGGCUCCCACAAACAGCUGCUUGAUCUUCUCAAGGAAAGUGUUGAAGACUGUGUGAGCUUCACUCUGCCUGCGAAAAAAUGGCACUGGAGAGCCAGAACCUCUGCUCUGUACUUCAUGCAAGCAGUUCCAGCAAAUUCCUCAUACAGGGUUUUGUUCACCAGCUCCGUUCUCAAUCUAGCCGAGCUUGUAGCUCUUCGUCCUGAUCUUGGCCAUCUUAAGAAGGUUCUCUACUUCCAUGAGAACCAGCUGGUCUAUCCAGUCCGCAAAAGCCAAGAAAGAGAUUUCCAAUAUGGCUACAACCAGAUCCUCUCAUGCCUGGUUGCGGAUGUGGUGGUGUUCAACUCCUCGUUUAACAUGGAAUCCUUUCUCUCGUCCAUCUCCACCUUCAUGAAGACCAUGCCUGACCAUCGGCCCAAAGAUCUGGAGCGGCUCAUCCGUCCCAAGUGUCACGUCCUCCACUUCCCCAUUCGCUUUCCCGAUGUCACAAGAUUCCUCCCUGCACACAAGCGUCUCAGGCAUCCAGUGCGGUGUGAUGAUAUCCACGCUCCGGCUGCUAAAAGCCACAUUCAGACAUCAAGUCCAAGUUACCCAGACGUCGAGCCACCUGAAAAGAUGCUCAAUGUGGCUGGAACAAAUCAGUCCCAUGAGCCCACCAGUGUCACACCACAUCAGGAAACAGCGUCCCCUUUGUGUGGUCACGAGGGAGAGAAACUGCGGCCACUGCACAUCGUCUGGCCACAUCGCUGGGAACAUGACAAAGACCCACAGCUGUUCUUCCAGACCUUACUGAAACUCAAAGACCGACAGCUGAGCUUUGAAGUUUCUGUCCUGGGAGAGACCUUCACUGACGUUCCAGACAUCUUUUCUGAAGCCAAAGAACAGUUGGUUGACCACAUCCAGCACUGGGGUUUCAUGCCCAGUAAGGAAGAUUACCUCAAAGUGCUGUGCCAAGCAGAUGUCGUCGUUUCCACAGCCAAGCACGAGUUUUUCGGAGUAGCAAUGUUAGAAGCAGUGCAUUGUGGAUGUUACCCCCUGUGUCCGAAGGCUUUGGUCUACCCUGAAAUAUUCCCUGCAACAUAUCUGUAUUCAACACCUGAACAGCUGUGCAAAAGACUACAGGAAUUCUGCAAGCGUCCGCAAUUAGCCAGACAACAUGUUGUUCAGGUGAGCCUGAGCUCUUUCUCCUGGGACUCUCUGGGGGACAAUUUCAGAUCUCUUCUUAAGGCAGACAGUGGCAGGAUGUUCACAGAUAAGCACAUGGCAUAGCGUGACCCCUAACGCAUACUGUACAUUAUAAUUCAAAACAUAUGACCCCUUACACCUACCUCUCUGCUGUUUUUUUAAGGAACAGAAUGUAUAUGUGAUUUUAAUGUACUCACACAACAGAAAAAAACAACUUUAUAUGUGUGCUUAAUGUGGGAGAAAAAAGAACAAAGUAAAAAUAAACAAUCAAAAAACCUGAAACCGCUUUCGUGUCGCGCUUAUAGGCGGGCCCACCUCGUAUUUCGGUUCAUAUCCAUUUUUAUCCUUUGUGCCGGAGGACUCCAGCCUGGAAUUCUAGAGUCUUUGGUUCCCACUCCGACAGAGCGGCAGCCAAAGUUGUGGCUUGAAACGUUGUGGGCUCUUGCUCCACCUGAGGUUGCCAGGUUGUGACAAAGUCCCCCGAGGCUCAGCAAAGGUUGAUGCAAGGCUUCCCCAGGACUGUGGUCGAAUCUAAAUAUGGCUCUUUUAUUUUCCUUGCGUCGGAGAUCUGGCUGUACGUUGCAGUCAGGAACCCGCUGCAUAAUUAAGGGGGCAUGGUAACUAGCUAUUUAUACGUAUUUGCAAAAUGUAAAAUCCGGGCAAACUAACAAUGGCCUGUCAGAUUUUCCAUGAAGAUGUAAGCGUCUGCCACAAUCACACGGCCCACUUCAGGCCUGCCAACAUAUGUGUUAUUAAAAGAGGCCUGACUUUUAUUGCGGGAGUUAUUGAAGGAUUCCUCCUUUAUUAUCAGACGUCCUCUCAAUAAGGCCGCAGACUUGCUGACGUUAUUAUUUCAAAUGCGUUGAUUAUUCAGGUGAGCUGGAUGAAGGAUUUCGAAUUAGAGGGUCAAAUAUAAUCAUGCCACCAUCAUCUUCUGGUGCACAACUGAGAUUAGCCACAUUACUUCUUGUUAAGACAGAGCUCUUGCUUCUCGGCUCAUAGAAAAAUAGUUGUAAUAUCCUACCUUCAUAUGUAACUUGUUUCAUAUUUAAGGAGGGGCAGUGAGAUACUUUUUUCUGUGCUGUGCUGUAAUUCUAUAAGUAGAUUUUUUUUUUAAAUCUCAUUCAGACUUAAAUUAUGUUCCAAGUUUCAGAAAAAUGUACAACAUUGCUUCUGAUUUUAGGCCUUCCAUAAAAGAAGCCAAAUGCAAAUAACACAAAUGUCAAUAUUUUUUAACGGAUUUUUCUGUUUCACUUCAAAAACCUUAUACCGAUGUGAAAUAAAAAAUAAAAUAAUACAAAUUAAUGAUUGUUA